AUGAAUUCCAUCUCCCUUGACCAGAAAGCCGCCUACUCACCGGGCAAACGACUUCACCUCACCCCGCAUAAGCCGCCUCCGCCGUAUGGCUCAUGCCUGUACCCGAUGCCGGAGGGCGUGAACGUCGACAGCCUGGAGAUGACGGAGGAGGAGGAGAAUCUAUCGGAGAGAGAGAUUUGUUUCGAUCCUCGCAAUGCACCCCUUAACAUCGAUGAGAGCAAUCAAGGCAACAAGGACUUCGGGAUGGAGGUCGAGAUCCUCCAGAUGAUUGGCGGCGUUCCUGAUGAUGUCGGUUCUCUCGGAACGCAUAAGCUCCUAUGCCGAGUUAUCGUUGCACCAUCUGCGACGCCCUACACCAACGAGCAGAGGGUUCCGAUCGAGGGACAGCAACUGUUCCUCAAGAUCUUCGAUCCCUUAUUUUGGUUCGACGUUGAGGUCGAUAUCAGUGUGGAUGGCCUAAGACCAACCUCUCUGGCCGACAUGGCCAUCAGCGAUGAGUUCGCUGCCUACCAUUACUUGUUCGCCAAAGGGAUGACCGGUAUGCCGCACCUCGCACCGGAUUUUCUCGGGGGAUGGACGACAGAGGUCGAAAGUGUCCUUAGCUCAUUCCGAGGCAUGAAGCGAGUGGUGACUGUGCUUGCCACCGAGUACAUUGAUGGGGUCUGUCUUGGUGCGUUAUACGAAACUAGCGGCCCGGUCGACAAGAUCAUCAAGCUCCACGAUGAUGGCAAAAAGUCUUCGACCCUGCGAACAGGCUUCAAACAUCGCAUGAGGAUCAUGGCGAAGAUCAUGGACGGGACCAUAUCGCAAGAAUUCAUCGGUGUUCAUCACGGCGAGUUCCAUCCCAGGAAUUUCAUCAUCACCAUGCGGAACUUGGGUCAGCCUGUGAAGGAACCUCGGGUGGCCAUGGUUGGCUGGCACUCCGCAAUCGUGGACCAUCUUCGCCAGGAGCCCGUCGAAAUGUAUCGCCACUUCACCAAAAAGAUCCACCCGUAUAUGCGAUUCCGCUGGAACAGGCGACUGCUCCCCUUCGAGGGCUGGAUUCCUUCGGAAUGGAAGGGUCCCGAGGACAAUAUCAAAGAUUCGCCCAUGCUUUCCCAGUGGAUGGUCAAGACGUUCGGAUCUGUAGCGACUGUGGACAACCCAACCUACGAAGGCUGGGGAAACAUGUUUCAGCUGGCGACAGUCGCGGCCCCAUCGGAAGGCAACGUGACUCAAGAAGCGUCCUAG